AGCAGUAGCCUUAUUGCCUCACUGGAUAGCAUAACAGAAACAGAGAGAAAGCGAGAGAGAGAGAGAGAGAGAGAGAGAGAGCAAGAAAGAGGGCGGGACACAGAUACAUAGAGACUGAGAGAGCUGUGGAAGUAGAACUGUUGGGAGUGAGAGAGAGAGAGUGGCAGAAAAAUAGAGAAAGAGAGAGAGGACCUAAAAAGCCAUCACAGACCAUCACCCCACCUGAGAAGCUACCCAGAAACACCGAUAGGGCGUGGACCCACCACAGGCAGACAAAUUUACUGUCCAACAGAGACACAAGCCCAUUUCACCUUGCCCUUGAGAAAGGGUUUGUGGGACAAGUGUGUGUGCUUGUGUGUGUGUGUGUGUGUGUGUAGGUUAGCACACGUGAGUGUGUGUAUUUGUGUGUGUAAGAGAGAGUUUGUGCGUCUGGGUACAUGCAUCUGACUGGGAGGAGUGGUUGAACCAUGCCUCCAGCGCAGUGUCAGCAAAGAAGCUGUAGGGGGCAGCGGAGCGCCCUCAGCCAUCAGCACCAACUCCUCCGCCUGCUCUUCCUCGUCAUGGCGACGAGCUCUGUCCAGGGCUUCAUCGAUAUCCCCAAAGGCUACAAUAGGGGAUACAUGAGUAGUCCUCCUGUCAUCACAAAGCAGCCUACAUCAGUCUUAGCGUUCAGUCCAGAGGACAUCACUCUGUGCUGUACAGCAUCAGGCACACCUGAACCAAGCUAUCGUUGGGUGAAGGAUGGAGCACUGUUUGCAGAGCUGGAGGAUGAUGGGACUUUGGUAGCGAACAAGUCUCUGUCAUUGGACGACUAUCAGGGAGAGUAUCGCUGCUAUGCCUCCAAUGUACUGGGUACAGCAGUGUCUGACCUGGUUACAGUCACAGCAGGCUACAUCCCAAGUCUGUAUAAAGAACAGCAGCAGACGUUUCGUAAGGUGGAGGGAGAGAGUCUGGUGAUGCCGUGUGACCCCCCACCCGACUCUCCCCCACACAAGAUCUACUGGAUGGACAAUGACAUCAAGCACAUCGAAAUGAGUGAUCGAGUCACCCCUGGUCUAGACGGCUACCUCUACUUUGCCAACGUGGUGCCUAGUGAUAAUCGAAGCGACUACACCUGUAACGUUCGCUUUCGCCAACACAUGAUCUCCAAGGAGCCAAUCACUCUCAAAGUGAACCGUAAUGCUUUGGUGGAAGAGCGCAAGCCUCACAUCGCAAGGCCAGCAAAAUCCCACAGCAGUUACACAGUUCUCAGGGGACAGAGCUUCAAUCUGGAGUGCAUCCCCUACGGGCUGCCCACGCCAACUGUUACCUGGAAACGAACCAGGAACAGUAACCAGGAACAGCCCCUCAACACCAAAAACUAUGGCAGGUGGCUGCACUUUGAGAAAAUCUCUGAGAGUGACGAUGGCGAAUAUGAGUGCAUCGCCCAGAACUCAGCUGGAUCCGCCUCACACACAUACUUCCUCACAGUGGAAGCGGCCCCACACUUCACGAAGCAGACCCAGAAUCUGCUGUACGCCCCUGGGGAGACAGUGCGUCUGGAGUGCCAGGCUGAGGGCAUUCCCACACCAGAGGUCACCUGGAGAAUAAACGGAGUACCCAUCUCUGAUGUUGAUGAGCCUCGGCGCAAGGUCACCAAAAGCGUGCUCAUCCUGACUGAAGCGAAGUACAGUGACACCGCUGUGUACCAGUGUGAAGCUGUCAACAGACACGGCAUCACCCUCAUCAACACCUACAUUCAUGUCAUUGAGCUGGCUCCUCAAAUUCUGACUGAGGACAACAAGAAGUACAUGAUGGUGGAGGGGAAGACGGCCAGCCUGGAGUGCAACGCUUUUGGUUCCCCUCGGCCUGGAGUGCUCUGGGAAGAUCCGAGGAUGGAGCAGGCCCAGUCCCACUCCAGGAUCUCUCAGACGGUGGAGGGGACCCUCAGGAUCACUGAUGUCAGAGCAGCAGACAGCGGCCUCUACACCUGCAGCGUCCUCAAGAGCAACCUGUCUAUCAGCGCCAUUCUGGAGGUCUUGAAUCAAACAGAGAUUGUUAUCCCUCCAGAAGAUCAGAGAGUGAAGAGUGGAAAAGACGCCAUGUUGACGUGCACAUUUCAGGUUGACCCACGAUUGGACAGUCCAGAUUUGCUGCGCUGGUUGAAAAAUGGCGAAGAUAUCUUAGAAAGUGCACAAAAUGACAAAUACACCAUUUUUCCGGAUGGUUCUCUUAAAAUCACCAGCAUAUCUUUAGAUGAUGCUGGCAGCUACACCUGCGAGGUGUCAACACCCCUCGAUGCAGAAAAAGCCACCGCCUCAAUUACUGUCGUGGACAAACCCUCUCCACCAAUUGAUUUGAAGGUAUUUGACCGGACUAACCGAAGUCUCUCCCUGAGCUGGACCCCAGGGCGGGACAAUAACAGCCCUGUGACAGAAUACUGCAUCGAGAUGAAUGAGGAAAAGCAUGGUGAUAGCCACACGUGGGAGGAAGUGAAGCGUAUCGAAGCUGACAUCAACAAGCUUGAGGUCCCACUGCGACCGUACGGCACCUACCGCUUCCGUGUCAUCGCAGUGAAUGAAAUUGGAAGGAGCCACCCAAGUCACGCCUCAGAGGCCUACACUACUCCUCCAGCCAUUCCAGAACACUUCCCUAAACAUGUUAAGAGUGCAUCGACCGAUCCUGACAAACUGGUCAUCACUUGGGAGGAAAUGGACAAACGGGACCAUUAUGGCCCUGACUUUAAGUACAAAGUGUUCUGGAGACAGUCUGUGGGAAACGGACCCGAUUGGCACCACCAGGAGGUUUCAGACAACCACUUUGUGGUCAACAACACAAAGACCUUUACACCAUUCGAGAUUAAAGUGCGGGCCGUCAACCAGCUCGGCCCAGGCCCAGAAUCUCCACCACGCAUUGGUCACUCUGGAGAGGACAUCCCCCUGGAAGCCCCCGCGGGUGUCACAGUGGACGCGCUGAAUGGCAAAUCCGUCUCUGUGAAGUGGAACCCUGUGAAUCGUGAAUCUGUGCGAGGACAUCUCCUUGGAUACAAGAUUCAUGUCAAGAGAGUGACCUCUGUGCAUGGUGCACAGAGGCGCAGGAUGCUGGAGAUGGGGCUGCGGCUAGAGAGGCACGUGGAUGUCGAGGAGGAAGAGGAGGAGCAGGACAGAAUACUGGUGGUCCACGGAACCAAGACCGAGGAGACGGUGACCGGCCUCCAGUUCUACUCCUCGUACGAGCUGACUGUGACGGCUUUCAACAACAAGGGAGAGGGACCUCACUCGAAGGCCACAGCCUUUAAGACACCAGAGGGAGCUCCAGGGCCGCCCAUCUUCCUGGAGUUUGACAGCCCAUCUGAGUCUGAGCUCACCCUAAACUGGCGUCCUCCACUCAAGCCCAACGGGAUUCUGACUGGUUACCGCCUGCAGUAUGGGGAGAUUGUGGAUGCAAAUGGCAGCACUCCUGAGAUGCAAGACUUUGACAUUCCUGACCCCAAAAAGACAGACAUUACAGUGAUAGAGCUAAACCCCCAGCGAUCCUAUUACUUCUACCUGCAAGGACGUACUGCUGCUGGACUUGGAGAGGCCACCAAAGUGAAGGGUGCCACCUUGCUGGAUGGAGUUCCUCCAACCAUCAUCAACGUGACGGUUGCUGACACCUAUGCCAACCUGAGCUGGGUGCCCGGCGAGAGGCACCGCAACAUCGGCUUUCAAAUCCAAUUCCUUCAGAAGAGUGCUGGCAGAGAUUGGGAGAUUUCAGAACAGGUCAACACCCAUCAGGGCUUUUACCAGCUGACCAACCUACAGCCAGGGACUGGUUAUCACCUGCGGGCCACGCUUAACAACUUCACCUAUUGGGAGGGCAGUGCCCUGACCAGCGGGCCAGAGCUGUCCCUGAUGCCCAAUAACUUUGCGACUCAGGGCUGGUUCAUCGGACUCAUCAGUGCCAGUUUGCUGCUGCUUCUCAUCCUGCUCAUUCUUUGUCUCAUCAAAAGGAGCAAGGGGGGCAAGUACUCAGUCAAAGAGAAGGAAGAGGGACAAGGGGACUCAGAGGCCAGGCCCAUGAAAGAUGAAGCGUUCGGGGAAUACAGAUCUUUGGAAAGUGACAUUGAUGAGAAGCGUACAAUGAGCCAGCCCUCUUUGUGCGUUGAGAGCAAGUUGGGGAGUGACGACAGCCUGGCGGAGUACGGCGACAGCGUCGACAUCCAGUUCAACGAGGACGGCUCCUUUAUCGGUCAGUACAGUGGACGCCGGGAGGCCCACAUCGUCCAGGGUGGCCAUGAGAGCUCCGGUGCCACCUCCCCUGUCAACAACAUGCCCCCGCAAAGUAUUAGUUUCAACAACUCCGUAACUGGCAUCCUGGACCGUUCGAAUUAGACAGGUGGUGGUGAGACAACCAUAUAAUUCUCAAACAGUUGUAUGACAGAACAAAAAGUUCGCCCCCCCAUGGUGAACUGAGGGACUGACACACACAAACCCAUUGACUUUAACGUACCAAAAUGAUCCGAUGACACUGCCUGAGUCGCAUACAUUCUCAUUCAACUCUCAGUACUCUGGGACUGACUGCCUGUAAGACAUAAAAAGGACUGCAUGUCCAUAAUUCCAUUUUUUACUGCCUGUGAUGCCAUUUCAAACGGUCAAACUUAUAAAUCUGACACACACACAGACACAGUCAGUAACACACACAGUUACUCACAUUCAGAUAAAGGGAUCACAUAAGUGACAGAUGCCCACACUACAGCAUAUACCAGUAGUUGCUGGACAUAACUUUUACAUGCAACAUUCCACCUUUGCAUAAUAAGAUGACAUAUCCUGCAAACAGUUUACAGGUCUCGCCUGUCUUUCUCCAAGUUUACAGACGUGUGUGUGUGUGUGUGUGAGUGACCUCUUAAACCCCCUGUUGUCGACCUGCCCUCACUGCCUCCUUUUCAAAGUAGCCUGUCCACCCUCACCAGUGCUCACUGGAGGGGUCUAGAGUUAAACAUAACCAAGUCUCUGUGUUUACCACUUGAUAGAAUAAAAGGACCAACUUUUGGGGGGCAGGACUUGGAUGCAGGGGGAGAUAGAAGGAGAAGAAGUUGGGGAGAGGAGAGAGAACAGGCUGAGUUCUAUGGUUAACGUGAUAUAUGUACAUGCUCAGAAGAACCAACCUGAAGACAGGGAUAACGUUUAUACCUUAGGGAAUAGAAUGUGAGUGUUUUUCUUUCUUUCUUUCUUUCUUUCUUUCUUUCUUUCUUUCUUUCUUCUAUUUUCUUCCUAUCAUCCUUGUGUUGCCCAAAGAGCUCCAUUUUGUUGCAUUGUGACAAAAUAAACGCCAUAUACUGUCUGUUCUAAUUUAAUCAUAAUGCUAUUUUUGUUGGAUUUGUGCUUUUAUUUUUGUAGGAAUGAACAUUUAAUAUAUCAUGCUGACAAUGUGAAUUGUUUUAUUACAAUGCAAUCUUUUUUUUUACGCUAAGUGCUUUAUUAUUUAUAGCCUUUUAUUCACUUUUGUGUUCUUGUAUACAUUUUAUACGUGCAAAGAUACAGUGUGUACCUUUCUUUACAGUGUGUCCUUUUGUGCCUCUAUGGAAGAUCCAGAAGCAUUUUUAAUAAUUAAUCAUGCGUCAGAUAAUACUUAUCAGAUAUUUCAUUGCAUAAAUUGAACAAAUAUUCCAUUACUAUUUGUGACCUUUGAUUCCUCCAUACAGGUGUCGUAAUACUUCUUGUGAAACUUUGUUUUUUUCAAUCAGGAAGCAUAAUCAUUCCAUCUUUGUCUGUGUACUGUUGCUAUCAUGAGUGGUGAUUGUUUUCAUUUGAAGUCACUGUGUUCUCUAUGCCAUAUCUAAAAAUGUCAAGGUGCCUGUUAGCAAUACUCAUAGUUGCUGCUGCACUUAUGACAAAUGCUCAGUUGUUGUGGUAUCAUUCUUGAGGUAUCUCUCUUUUUGGUGUCCAUCUUUCGGUGUCGGUGGCAUUUGAAACACCAGUGAAUGUUUACUCUCCUAAGUAUAUCAACCUGAGACUGCAGGCUAUCUCUUUCUUACUGCCCUGUAGUGCUGAAGCAGUAACAGUAUUAAUACUGCCCUGUAGCGCAAAAGUAAUGUAUUGCCUUACAAAGAAAAUUUCAUAUGGCUACUAAUCCUUCUGAACGCUUCUGUCUUACUCACAACUUUAUACGUUUGCAAUGUUAACAUGCAUUUGCAUUUGUGUCAAGUCAAUUGCAGUGGUGCAAGUUCACACUUAUGGACAAUGUAUUCAUGUCAUUACACAUAUACAUGGAUGUCUGUCAGUCAAUACAUAUCAGGCUCUGUAGAGGCAACUGUAAUACUCCUGUUAAGUUUUUUUGUAGUCCACAUAAUAUUUCAGUCAUUAAGGUCAAACCAGUUUUAGUGUGAGCAAAUCUUGCUUCAUGCGAAACCAAUGGAAUUGCCUGUACUUGGUGAAAACAGGUGUCCCUUACUGCCAUGUUGAUUUUGUACAGUCUUGAGUUUUUCAGCCUAUUACGACCCCCCCAGAUCUGGUUUGGUUUUCAUUUCAAACAUGAUUUGAUUAAUGGCUGUGAGGCCUUGUUUUAGAAAAAGAAACAGAUGGAAGCUAAGAGAGAACAAAAUGAGGAGAGAGGAGAGAGAAUGAAAGAUGAAGUGUCACUUUUUUGAAUGUAAAUAAACCUUAACGAUUGUCAUUUGACAUUUCCCUAAUUUUAUUUAAAUAUAUCAUUUCUUUUCUUAUUUUUUAUACCAACACAUUCAUGUUUUUAGAACUUCUUUAUUUAUAUUUUAGUGUCACCUGACAAUAUGUUUUUUUGGCCUUGUAGUUGUCAAUAGACUCAUAGAAGAAUAGAAAAUAGUGAAAAAAACAUACCCCCCUCCCCCAAUCAUUUUACCAUAAAUAAUAAGAAAAAACAUCACAAACAACUGUCAUGAACAAGUAAUUAAAACAUUAAAAAUGAUAAAAUGAACCAAUGCUGAAUAUGAAUGAAGUGCAUUUUAUGCAAUGUCUUUUAUGAGUUCAGGAGGAGAAGAGAGAGCCUGCUCUGAAUGGUAAGCCCACGGUAGACCUCUUGCAGCAUGGGGAUAGAACCUUUACUGUAACGUAUUGGUUGUUUGACAGUACAUCCAUCUACAUGUCUGGCAUUAUGGGCAGCCAGGCCUUACACAACUGUCCAGUGUUAUCCAUGCAAUGCAAAUUAUAAGAAUCCUGUACAGUACAUUGUUGGAAUAUGCUCUGCCUCAUGCUGCCCAGCGAUCCCCUCACCAAAGGCCCACUGGUUACAGUCAGAUGCAUGAUAUAAAAAAAACACCAUAGAGUCAGUCAAUAUGUAUGUAGCUCUCAAAGGCAUUUUAAAAUAUAUUUUCAUAUGAUGUGAAUUUGUUACCCUGAACCUGUGGGUCUUUGGUGUAUACUUUCAAUUCUGAAAGGGGGCCGUGUGUUGAUCCAUGUGGGAUACCCUUGCUGCUCUCACUUCCCUUCCUGACAAUGUUUUUUUGGGUAUGUUGAUACUGUAUGUAACUUUCUUCCUAUUGCCGCCUUGAUUUUUGAAUAUAAACACAGGAAAAAAACAAUAAAAAAGGUUAGAAUUACAAUUUUAAAGGAAUAAUGACAGCUUCUAUGAAUCACAGAAACAAAAUGUCUGACAAGAGAUUACAGGGAUGGAGGGACUAAAAUAAGAGGCUGUGGGGAAAAAAGGGUUUUGGGGCAGGAAACUGGUGAUGUUGACACAGUGGUGGUGAUUUAUGUAGAGAGGAACCAGUUUGUUGUGGGGAAAGGGGAUUACAGAUGGCCCAUUUGCCCCUGCAGGAUUGCAUCUGGGUAUGAGUGGCAUUCUACCUGCUUAUUGCAUCAUGUGCUGUAUCAAAAUACACAAUGAAAUAAAUGGAAUACGCAAACCCUCAAA